CUGCACUGUAAUAAGACAGGGGGGGCGGGCACUGUAUGAGGACAAGCAGCAGAUCGAAUCACGACUGAACAUCCUUUCCUCACCUGACUGACUGACUACAACAGAGGCACCAGGUUAGGGCGGGGCUUAGAUAAAAAGGGGGCGGGAUGUAGCUGUUGGCUCGGCCUAUAUCGGCUGCUGAUUGGUGGAAAGGGGAGGCAGCCAGGUGUAUAGAUUGCGAGCGGUGAAGUGGAGACGACAGACUGACAUAGACACAAACACGGGAGAGAUCUGUGACUUCUCUCAGGUACCAACCUCCCGCCUGUUCCAUCUGUAGCGCACGUCUUCUGUACAGCCGCCUCGCUCCUGCGUCCUACACCCGGGGCUGCCAUGCCCACAGACAUCAUGCACGCGGUGAGGAUGCGCCCCAUAGCCGAGCUGCAGCACCCCAGCCCCGCGGUACCUCUCCGACUCCUCACCCGGGGCCCUGACUACCUGCGCCGGCAGAUGGAAGCCAUGGGCAACCCGAGGGCCAACCUGAGCGCCGUGGAGAGACUGGCGGCCGAUAAAGCCAAGUAUGUGAAGACUCCCCAGCAGUGUCAGCAGCAGAGACGUGUCAGUGGCGGCGGCAGCAGCCGGGGGGCAUCAGAGAGCGGCGGCAGCAGCAGCGGCAGUUCCCGGGGGAGCGAUCAGCAGGAGGGCUCAGCGCCAGUGAGAAGGGGCAGCAGUAAGAGAUGUACCCGGCCUGACUCCAUGCUGAUUUACCGACUCAAGAACCGGGGCGAGGGGCAACAACAGACAGAGUCGGCCCGGGUGGGAUUAGUGCGGAGACUCUUUAUAAAGGACAAGCCCCCCGGUGUCUCCCCGACUCCCCUAGAGAAGAGCAGCGCCCCCUGCCCGACUCAUAGACUUUCCCCGGAGAAGGACAGACCGGACCCGCGCUCCAGAACCGGCCUCCACCGCUCCCAGUCCGACAUCAGCUCCCGCUACUCCCGCUCCUUCUCCGACUUCGACUCGUUCUUCCAGUACUGCGGGCUGGAGCCGGAGGUGGUGGAGGAGCUGGGGAAGGACGGCUUCAGUCCGGCCCGGGAGGAGAGGCUCGACCUACAGUCCCGGAUCCGCAGCGUCAGUGUAGCCGCGUCUGAGAGCGGAAUGAGCUGGAGGAGCGAGGGGAGCGCCGGGGAGUUACAAGAAGAGGAGCCGCUGAGCGGACAACUGCCCGGGGCCAAUAAUAAUAACAACAGCUGCACGUCUGUCAUAGAGCGCAACGCCCGCAUCAUCAAGUGGCUGUACAGCUGCAAGCGGGCUAAAGAGACCCGGGGAGGAUCCCCAGAGCUGCCCUGAAAUGCCCGAGCCCUGCCAACCAACAUUGCUGCCAACCACUGCCAACCAGCACCGGAUCUGUGUGUCUGUAUCCGGCCCAGCAGCACCGGCUUCCCAAUAGCAACAACACUGACUUCACUGCUGGGCCAGGAUUAUUAUUAUUAUUCUACUGCCAACACAUUCCUAUACAUCCCUGAGGCACAAUCUCUUAUUAAUCCUAUAGAUUCUUGUCCAGACAUAAAGAUGGAGGAUGGGCACCCCCUGUUAUACAGCCUGUAUUUGGGAUAUUCUAAGCUACCCCUUGGUACUGCCCCUCUGUCUAUGGCGGAGACAAACACCUAUUUAUAUCUCCUUAGAUAUUGAGCUGCUGUGGAACUGUCUCUAUUCACCUUGUCAUAAGCUGAGAAUGUUCUAGAACUGGGGGGUUGGGCCCUAAAUACACAGAGGGGGCCCUACAGACACUGGGGGCUCCUGACAGUCUCCAGGUUCUGGAAUCUUUACAUUCGGGGCAUAAAACUGAACUGUAUUCUGUGUAAACAUUCCAAAUACAAGGCCGGGGCGCUGCCGCUCUGCAAUCUCCUUAUUAAUAGGAACACGUUCAUGUCGUGGUCGUUUGCACUAAUGUGACACUUGUGCAGUAUCUUCUCUAUUGCACCGUCAUAUAUAUAUAUUAUAUAUCAUGUUAUUACUGCAGCUUAUCUCCAUUAGACAUGAUACCCCUUCUGCAAGAGGCUACAAUUACCCCCAGGCCCGGACUGGCAAUCUGUGGGUUCUGGCAAAUGCCAGAGGGGCUGCUAUAAGGUGCCAUAUAAAGUCAGUAUUUAGGGGGCUGAUUGGGCCUCUGUGUACCUGAAAUGCCAGGGUCCUUUUUUAAUUCUCAGUCCGGACCAGAUUACCCCAUUGUGGGGGGUACCUCUAUUUUCAUCAUUUCCAUUCCCGCUGCCGUGUAGCAUGCUACAUAAACAUUCAUGUGUUGGUUAUUUGGAAGUGGUGUUAUUGUUUGAGAUUAACUUGCCAAGUAUUUGGAGGCCGCUAGUUACCCCCUCAUCUUCAUUCUGAGCAUUACAUUGCAUGCCACAAGCUGCUCUCAGAGGCCACAACCCCUAUUUUCCUUGCUAUUGUUGAACUACAUGUGAUCCUGGUCCAUCAACAGCAGCUCAGGAUUUGCGAUACUUGUACACAUGUAUUUUCCAGCCAGGUGAUUGUUUCCUACUUGAAGCCAUUUGAGCCCCGGCUGUUAGGAAACUGGCGAGACUUCAGCCCUCAAGUAGGAGUCCUGCUUUUGCCGUGGUGUCUGCACCUGCAGGGUUAAUGUAUUUGUGCAGUCAGAUCCCAUAGAUCAGCACACUCUCCAGUAGUGAUAUUCAGCCUGUGGCCAUUGCUGAACUACAUCUCCUAUUCUAGAGCCUUAUUUUAAAAAAAUGCACUUAUUCUCCAUGGGGAGAAUGUGUCAUACAGUAGACAGUCCCACCUGAUAGUUGUCUUUUUCAUGAUUUUUUUUUUUAUUGUAUCCUAAAAUGUUACACUUAAGAACCGAGAUGUGUUUUGCUCAAUGCCCUAUUUUUGUCAGCGUGCCACAGCAACAGGCAGUUUGUACAGGUUGGCACAGUCUCACCCACGCAGUAUUGCAGGAAUAUAAAAUUACAUUAACAGAAAAGGAGAGAAACUGGUGCUAUUUGUGUCCUGUCUUGCAAAAAAACAACACUGCGCUGAAGCACUAAAUCCAAGAUUUUAGUUGCCUGAACCCAGGGCUUUUGCUUAUGGAAUGUGGAGUUUAGAAAGAAGCAGUAGCCCGGGGCAAAACCAUUUGGUUCCCAGGUGGCCCUGUCAUUGGAACUAGAUAAAGAACAGAGGGGCCUCCACUUUUAGCCAAUGGGCUUCCUUAGUUGAGAGUCCAUUUAUUUAUGGGGUUAGUGCGGAAUCACAUACCAUGAGGACCCUGUAGUCAUGAGAAAAAUAACAAGAAUACUUUUUCUUUCAUCAUGUCAUACAUUUUUUCAUUCAUCUCAUUGUUAUGGAUCUAAAUGCAAGCUGUUUAUUGGUUGGGUAUAAUAACAGGUGUGUGUAUGUGUAUAUAUAGUGUGUAUAUAUAUAUAUAUAUAUAUAUAUAUAUAUAUAUAUAUAUAUAUAUAUAUAUAUAUAUAUAUAUAUAUAUAUAUAUUUAAUAGCAAAGGAUCUACAGACCUGGAGUAAUGCUGCCAUUAACCCAUAUCAAUCAUCAGGUUGCUCUGAAUCAGUCCACUUCAUGCAAGUCAAUAUCUGACGGGUGCAGUAAAAUGUACACCUUUUGUGAGUGGCUGCUUUUUAGGAUCCUUAUCUGUAUCUUUAUCUCUUGUAGCCUGGGGACACUAUUUCUUAUCUACCCUUUUUCCAAGUGCUCUCUACUGGGACAGGGAUCUGCCAUUUGCCUCCCCUGCAGGGAUGAGCAACCAGUGGCCCUCUGGGUGAGGGUGUUACAACAGUAACGUCCCCAACAGCAGUCUGGGCAUGCUGGGAAUUGUAGUUCAGAACAUAUAGCUGCUAUACCAUUGGGAGCAAUGCUUGUUCCCUUUUUCUGGCACUUAAGUGUUUGUGCCCAUUUAUUGCAUGUGCAAACAGUGUCUACAUGUGUUACGCUUGUAGCGAAGUGACCUUCUCUUUGUUGUCUUAUUUAAUCUGGCAACUGGGGCAUGUAUAGGAAACAAACAGGCCCUUCACUAUCCCCCCCCCCACCACCACCACCACACGGGUGGGUUUUGUUUGCUGCAGAUGUUACUGUGCAUGACAGUUGCUUACACCUGGGCCUUGGGAAUAGGCUAUAGGAAUAUUAUGGGCUCAGUUUAACGGAAACUCUGUUAUUAUUUCUGUUUAUCAGUAGGGUUCAUCUUGCAUUUGUUUUGCCUUAAAACAGCCAUACAAUGUGCUGCGAGGUCAUUAUGUGUAUAGAACAUGCAUUCCCGUGCCUAGGUCAUUUCUGCAUAUGCGUGGGAGCUGCACUACUGCUUUCAUUGAUAGAGGCGCUUUCUGUAAAUAUCAAUAGAGCACAUAGCACACCCUUAGUGUUUUAGGGAUGGGCGGUGCUGUCGCUCUGAUUAACUACAGAGAAUGCUUCUGUCAAGGUAAAUGUUUUACACUGCCCUCAUUUUAAUGUUCUGUAUACAUAUAAAAACCUAGUAAGCCAUUGAACUGUUUAUAGUUACCCAGUAAUACUGUAAUGUUCAGCAGCUUUACUGCAUGGCCAGAACAAGUACAGGUAGACACAGAUAGUGUUCUUAUGGAGGGAAAAGUUUGAAGGCUGCUAAAUGGAUUUCUACUGGAAGAUCAUUACUUACUAAUUAUAGGCAUGAAUAGGAAAUUAUUUCCUAUAGUAUUGUUCCAAAUGUGCUUCCGCAUGCAGUGUUAGUGCCUAAUAAUGGCACAAUCGGGCUAUUUUUGGCUAUGGCUGUUAGGCUGGUGGAACAUCCUCCAAUUUGGGGAGAUUAGUCGCCCAGUGAUAAAUCUCCUUUUCUUCGGGCGACUAAUCUCCAUGAAAUGCCUUCCUGCUGGCUAGACAGUAAAUCGCAGGCAGGAUGGCAGUAGGAUCGCUUCAGCUUUCCGAAAUUCGGCUCAAGUUUCCUCAUGAGUCAACUUAGGAAAACUAAUCGAUCUGUGCCAUUCCGCCAGCAAUUCACAGUCUAACUGGCGGGAAGGCAUUUCGGGAAGAUGAGUCGCCCGAAGAAGAGGAGAUUUGUCGCUGGGCGUCUAAUCUCCCAGAAUCGGAGCGUGUGCCACCACCCAAAAAGGUGCACCUGUAGAUUCAUCUGCUGUAAUACCAACCCUUGUGCAGGCUCAUAAAUCUAUAGCUGUUAUACCUGCAGAUCAGUUAAACUACAUUUCCCAGCAGCCCCUGAUGGCUGGACUGUGUAGCAGCUAAACAGCCCUUAUGUACAUGUUGAACACUGGCUGGUGGAAUUUACGCGUGUCACUCCCUGCCACCCACUCUGGCCGCGCUAGGCUAAUGUUUAGCCCAGGUCUCCUUUACAUUUAUGCAAUUGUGAACCAAAGUGACCAAAGUUAAUGUGUGGCUUCGUUCUAUUGUGAACAAUAAUGUAACUCCAAAAAAAAAGAACAAUUUCAGUGUUCAGUCUGUGCUGGAUAAGUUGCAAAGGUCCAUUUUUUGUGUAUAUUUAAAUGCUUUGUGCAAUAAGUAUAUUAUUUGUACAGUAUUCACUAUUGUAAAUAUUCUUGUACAGCAUUGUAUUUUUGUGCCAUAUUGUGUGCAGAUUGCUAAAUGUAUAUAAUAUAUCGGAAAUAAAACUGUAUAGUUGUUGGUAA